UCUGCGCCUGUCAGAGCGAGAGAGCAGCAGCCAGCUGGGGCAAAAGGGCGAUGCUUCCAGUCGGGGGUUUUCCGCGGAUGAUUUCUCAAAAGAGGGCUGCAAAGAAGCCGGGAGCGAGCGAACCUUUCUCCUUCGUUUCAGUUCUCUUUCAGAUCGCUCCGCUCCUCCACGAAGAGUGACACGCGUUCCUUUUUUUUAGGCCCUCUGUGCCUAAAAAAUCCCCCCCCCCCCAAGAAUGAAAUAUUUUGGGGACUAUUAAGAGGCGGAACAUUAUAUUUCCCCAAAGGAGAAAUGAAGAAACAGCCUCCAACCCCAAUUUCUUGCAUAGCGAAAUAGCUUCCAGCAGAAAUCUUUAGAAAUGGAGAUUUGGGGCCCAUUAACAAAUCCCACCCAAUCUGUUCUUCAGGAAAACAUCUUCAGCUCCAGGGUGAUGGGAGUUAAGAAAGACAGGAGAUGAAUCAUGAUCUUUUAGGAUAUAAUAGGGUUAAUCCACCAUUUAGCAUAAGAUGCCAAAUGCGAUGCGAAGAUCGACCCAUUCAUUCAACCAUUUGGUCAGCUGUCCCAGAACUACGUGUUGUGGUUCUGUUCAUCAAUAAACAGAAUCAUUCUUUCCAACCAGUCUCCAUGUUAUUUCCAGCAUCUUUCUCCCAGCUUGGAGUUGAACCAGAUGGAUUUUCUUUUCAACACUCUGGCUUUUUAAGUGGGGUGUCCUAUCUAAGGAUGAUUAUUUCCAGGGGUGGGAUCCUACCGUUGAACAACCGGUUCGCUGAGUGCGUGCACAGUCCACAGGAUAACAGCUGAGGCACAGCAAUCCACUCUGCUGCACCUAUCAGGCUAAAAACCAAGGAAAUAUAGAUUGGAGAUCUUCAAUUGUCCAGAAUUUGUUGGAUUGCAAUGCCCCUUAUCUUCGACCAAUGACCUGGUGGAAACUGGCCCAGCAUUUCUUCACCCCUGAAUUAGUGCUAAGAAGCAACUUGACAAUGGCAUGGAGUUUCUGGCAGGGAUCUCCAUGGUAACUGGGCCAAAAGAUUCUAAGGGAGGUGGCUGGUGAGUUGAAGGCAGUUCAUAGCUCUCAACUUGGGGAAAUGGAAGAAGAAAAUAAGGACAACUAAGAGGCCACCAGGAAGAACAGGAUCAAAAUGGGGAACAUGAUGAAAUUACUAACUUCCAGUUCUGAGACUACUAAAAAGGCCAAUGCAGAAAUUAGGAUCCCGAUGGAUGAGGAAAUGAUAUUGAUUCCCAUCAGUAACAGCAUUUAUGCAGUUCUCAAGAGGAGGGAGAAUUACUUGUGCAGCCUGCUUCAGAAGAAGUUUGGCUGUAUCUGUGUCCUUAAGAGCAUAAGGAAUCCCAUGGAAAUAUAUAGGAAAAGCCUGAAGGAAGGAGUGGAAGUUUCCGUUUGGGUAGAUGAUCUCACCAGACACGAGGCUGAUGCUUUGGUGAAUGCAGCCAAUGAAUACCUGCACCAUUUUGGAGGUCUGGCAUUUGCUCUCCUGAAAGCCGGUGGGCCAGAAAUUGAAGAGCAGUGCAAACUUUUUAUUGAAAAGAAUGGUCCACUCAGUGCUGGCCAGAUUGUGGUCACCAGCGGAGGAAGAUUGCCCUGUAAGCAGGUUAUCCAUGCGGUGGGUCCAAGGUGGUCAGAAGAUCAGAAGGAGGAAUGUUGCCUCAAGUUGGAAGCUGCCAUAAUAAAUGUUCUGAAAUAUGUGAAUGCUCCAGAAAACAAUAUCAAGUCUGUGGCCAUUCCUGCGCUGAGUUCAGGGAUCUUCAAUUUUCCUCAGGAUUGGUGCGCUCAAGUGAUCGUAAAGACAAUCAGGAACUUUGUUCAACUUGCUCCAUUAUUUGGCUACUUGCAAGAAAUCCACCUUGUAAACAUUGAUGAGACCACAGCUGAUGUCAUGAAAAGGGCUUGCGAAGACCUGAUCGGGAUUAAUGAUAUUGUGCCUCAGUCGAGUAUUACUGAUUCUGUCACAGUCAAUGAACUCUGCCUACAGAUCAAAAAAGGGGAUAUAGAAGCACAGCAAGCUGCUAUAAUUAUUAAUUCUGUGACUGUGCAAGAUGGUCUUUUUCAAGGACUGGUUUCAAGAGCAAUUUUGGAAAAGGCAGGUCCAGCUAUGCAGGAACAAUUUCUCUCUGAGUUACAGAAACUUCCAUCAGAGAGACCCAAUUUCAUAUACACGAAAGGAUUCAAUCUCGAUUGUGAACAUGUGCUCCAUGUGGUUUGGCCAUCUUACAUUGAAGGCAGCAGGCAAGAGGUAUUAAAAACAGCCAUUUCUAAAGGGCUUUCCAAGACUGGGGAACAGCAGUUGUCGUCCAUUGCUUUUCCUCCUCUUGGAAUUAAAGAUUUACAUUUGCCAAGUAAUGAGGUGGCCGAAAUUAUGGUGGAAGAAAUCAUGCACUUUGCAGUGGAACAAACUGGGAAGAAGCUGGAUGUCUACAUUGUGAUAUCAUUGGACAACAGUGAUGUUUAUGAAGCUUUCUGUGCCAAGCUUAUGUCAGUGAAGAACAAACUAGAAGAAAAGAUGGAUUGCAGCAAUAUUGACAGAAUGGAGCUGCAAACUGAUGUCCAAGCCAAUUCAGGUUUUGAAAGAAAUGGUCCUUUUGUGGAACUGAUAGGACGCAGCCAUGAUAUUUUGGAGAAAGCAGGACAGUGGCUCAGAGAUAUCAUAUUGGUUGAGGAAACUGGACGGAUUGUUAUAAGAAACCAUAACAUUUUAAACCUGCGCAGUGUCCAGCCUCUUGAACUGUCUCAUCUCCAGCAGCAUUUUGGCAUUACCAUCCUGGAGAGUGUAAGUGGAGCAGGGACAGCCCUAGAAAUUGAAGGGUCUCCCCGAGCUGUGAUUGAUGCAGUCUUUGCAAUUGAAUUCAUGCUGCAGUCUACAGCCAAGCAAGAACCUCUUAAGAUAGACGGAUCUUUGGAGAGCCAUCUUCAUCAGGAAGGUGAUCUGGAGACAGCAAACAGAUGCUUAUAUCAAAUCACUCCAAUAGAAUCUUACCUUCAAGAAUUUAAGGACAAAGAAAAACAGCUUGAAAAAGCUGGCCUCCAGGUUCUAAAGAUAGAGAAAAUACAUAACCCUCUUUUAGAAUCUGCUUUCCAAAGGGUAAAAAGGAAAAUAGAAGGAAGAAAUACUGGAAUGCCUGUAUGUCAUAGAUUGUACCAUCAUGUCCCAGCUCAGUAUUGUAGCCUGGUAUGCAAAACUGGAUUUCAGAAAACUUACUCCUCAUCACAAGAUCAGAAAUAUGGAACUGGCAUAUAUUUUAAAAAGAACCCCCGGAAACUUAUAGCAGAUACCAGAGAAAAAUGUGAAAUGGACCAUUUGAUCUGUGUGUUUGAAGCAGAAGUUGUAACAGGGUCGUACACAAGGGGCAAUCGGAGUUACGUAGCGCCACCAUUAAUUAACACAAGCAGUAUGAAACUCUACGAUAGUGUGGUUGAUGAUAUUCAUAACCCUGAAAUUUUUGUCAUUUUUAAUAAGGAACAAGCUCUACCACUGUACUUAUUGACAUGUUCUCUGCUUUGGAGCCCUGAUCAGAAGGCAAAUUUGGAACCGUCAUCCUAGAAUAUCUGAAGCCUUAAUGCUAAUUAAAACACGAACACUAUCGUAGUUCUGUGUUAGAUUAGGUAAUAAACAUAUGGCAGUUCUGUAAUGCAAUGAAAAAAGAAAUCCCUGCAACAUUACAUUCUUGAAGUCUCCUUAUUCUUUAAUGUUAUUUCAAAAAAAGAUAGUUAAAACCAUGCCGUUUCUAUUUAAAGCAGAACUGCUGCAACCACAAGUCCUUAUAUUAAAGUAUUAAUUUUAAGCCAUCUGAA